GCCUGCCGGGACGGUGGGGGUUUCCGGUCUUGGCUUUGGCGGGAGCGCUUGGAAGCUUUGGUCGUAGAGCGAAACGAUGUCUCAGGAACGGGCGGUCCCAGCGAGCGCGGUUGCCCUGGAAGAAUUAAGUAGCUGGCCGGAGGAGGUCUGCCGCCGGGAACUGCCGUCUGUCCUGCCUCGGCUCCUUUCUAUGUAUCAGCAUUCUGACAAUUGGAUUGAGCAUAUUCAAAUUCUGAAAAUUAUUGUAGAAAUGUUUUUACCUCAUAUGAACCACCUGACAUUGGAACAGACUUGCUUUUCACAAGUGCUGCCAAAGACUGUAAAGUUAUUUGAUGACAUGAUGUUUGAGUUAACCAGUCAAGCCAGAGGACUAUCGAGCCAAAAUUUAGAAAUCCAGACCACUCUAAGAAAUAUUUUACAGACGAUGGUACAGCUAUUAGGAACUCUUACAGGAUGUGUUCAACAUGUCUGUACCACGCAGGAAUCCAUCAUUCUAGAAAAUAUUCAUAGUCUCCCCUCCUCAAUCCUACAUGUAAUCAAAAGUACAUUUGUACAUUGUAAGAAUAGUGAAUCUGUCUAUUCUGGACGUUUACACCUAGUCUCAGACCUUCUGCAGGCGCUUUUCAAAGAGGCUUAUUCCCUUCAGAAGCAGCUAAUGGAACUGCUGGAUAUGGUUUGCAUGGACCCUUUGAUAGAUGAGAAUGAUGAUAUUUUGGAUAUGGUAGUAGUUAUUCAUUCAUUGUUGGAUAUCUGCUCUGUUAUUUCCAGUAUGGACCAUGCAUUCCAUGCCAAUACUUGGAAAUUUAUAAUUAAGCAGAGCCUUAAGCACCAGUCUGUUAUAAAGAGUCAGCUGAAACACAAAGAUAUAAUUACUAGCUUGUGUGAAGACAUUCUUUACUCCUUCCAUUCUUGUUUACAGUUAGCUGAGCAGAUGACCCAGUCAGAUUCGCAGGAUAAUGCUGACUGCCGAUUAUUUCAGAAAACACUCAAAUUGUGUCGUUUCUUUGCCAACUCACUUUUGCACUAUACUAAGGAAUUUCUUCCUUUCCUCUCUGAUUCUUGCUGUACAUUGCACCAGCUUUAUCUUCAGAUACAUAGUAAGUUUCCUCCAAGCCUGUAUGCUGCUGGGAUUUCUAAAGCAGAACAGGAGGAAAUAAUAGGUGCUUUCCUGGUUAUACUGGAUUCACUCGUCAGUCAGCUCCUCACAUUCCAACCUUUUGUGGAAGUGGUUUUGGAUAGUAAAUUAGAGCUGCCAUGUGAACUACAGUUUCCACAGUGUCUACUGUUGGUUGCCAUCAUGGAUAUGCUGCCCUCUCAGCCUGAGGAUGUACAAACACUGUGGUGCACAGAGAGUCACGGCUCAGAACCUACAGCCAGGAUGUCUCUCCUCAAAGCCAUUUUCUCCAGUUUUGAGCAGUGUUCUGGUGAACUCUCUCUACCUGUUCAUUUACAGGGAGUGAAGAGUAAAGGGCAAGCCCAGGUUGCUGUCACCUUGUAUCAGCAUGUUUGCGUUCAUCUGUGUGCAUUUAUUGCUUCCUUUCAUCCCUCACUGUUCCCUGAACUGGAUACUGCUCUGUUGAAUGCUGUGCUUGGUGCUAAUAUGAUCACCUCUUUGUUAGCUAUGGAUGCGUGGUGCUUCCUUGCUCGAUAUGGGACUGCUGAACUAUGUGCCCACCAUGUGACCAUAGUGGCUCAUCUGAUAAAAUCUUGCCCUGGAGAAUGUUAUCAGCUCACCAACCUAUCAGUACUUUUGAGGCGUCUCUUCUUCUUCAUGGCACCACCCCAACAGGUGGAGUUUAUCCAGAAAUUUUCCCCAAAAGACACAGAAAAUCUGCUUCUGUGGCAAUAUAUCUCCUUUCAGGCUUUACCUGCUGAGCUCAGGAAACAAACUGCACAUGAGGUCAGCAGAGUCGGCAUUGCACAGUGCAAGAAAUGGCUAGGCAGCAGUCGCACAGUGGGAGAACUUGAGUCUCUGAACACUGUGCUCUCUGCUUUGCUUGCUGUAUGUAAUUCUGCUAGUGAAGCUCUGGAUAUUGGACAGCAAACUGUGGUUAAGGACAUUGGGAAUCAGCUUUGGGCUCUUUUAAACAUUAAACUGGUAACAAGUCAACCUUAUGUUCAACAGACACUCAGCCUUUUACUUCCACUGCUGGGAUUUUUCACUCAAACUCUAGAUCCUCAGCUGAUAAGUCAGGUAGUAUCUUUGCAGACCUCACUACUUAAGUUAGAGCCUCCUGACCAUGUUCGUUUGGCAGCUCUUGAUUUUCUGUCUUCUCUAGGAAAACUUUUUAUACCUCCAGCUAUCCAGGACAAAAUUCUGCCCAACCUAUCUUCUAUUUUUGCCUUACUGCUAGCUGACAGGAAUUGGCUACUUGAACAACACACCUUGGAGGCAUUUACUCAGUUUGCCGAGGAAACAAAUCAUGAAGAGAUUGUUCCACAGUGUCUCACUUCUGAAGAAACAAAGAAAAAAGUUGUCUCUUUUCUGGAGAAGAUGGGGUUUGUAAAUGAAACUACAGCUGCCAGAGUGGAACGUAUCAAACAGGAAAAAGGUAUUUUUUGGAAGCCCUUUGCUAACGUUACUGUAGAAGAAGCAAAGAGGUCAUCUUUACAGCCUUAUGCGAAAAGAGCCCGUCAUGAUGCGAAAAGAGCCCAGCAUGAGUGUUCCUUGGAAGAAGAGUACAGGUCAGCACUGCAAGCAGCCACAGGGGCCUUGGAGGCAAUUGAGUUAUUACUCCAAAAGUCUCCUCCUCCAGACUGGCUUCUUGUGAAAAUGGAGACACUCCAAGAAAGGAUUGAUAAGCUGAAAUGUCAUGUUUUCUAGGGUAAAAAUUGAAUGGACUGGACCAUUUUCACUCAGUAGAGCUAGGUAUGAUUUUUUUGUUGUCCUACAGUAUAUUUUGUAAAUCAAAGUGUUGAUGUAAUUAUGUUUGUACAUUUUCCAACACAUAAAACUUUUAUAAAUUUGAA